UGCUGCGGUGCUGCCUUACUGGUAAGACCGAGCACUUGCACAUAACCUCUUCAAACAGUUGCCCGUCUAUUUCGGUGGCGUUUUACAUAUACGAGUGUCUUCGACUACAUAGCUCUUUGGUUUGGCAGAUCGACUGGCGAUUCUCUUUUACAAUAAUCGCACUAAGUUUUCUUCCCAGUGUUAGAUUUAGAUUUUGUCAAAAUUGCAGUGAUAACAUUCAUUUGAAUCUAUUCAAGUUAACUGAUUGGUAACGACUGAAAAAUGUCUUACGGCAGAGGAAUAGCUGCUAAUAGUCCAGCUCCCCCUGGUCUGAAACAGAUAGAUUUAGACCAAAUAUGGGGCGAUCUUAAGGGUGGCAUUGAGCAGGUUUAUAAUAGACAAUGCAUGUCUAAACCUAGAUACAUAGAACUGUACACACAUGUGUAUAACUAUUGUACUAGUGUUCAUCAGCAAACUAAUGCAAGGACAAAUUGCCCACCAAAAGUGAAAAAAGGGCAAAUUACAGGUGGAGCACAGCUAGUUGGUCUCGAACUCUAUAAAAGAAUAAAAGAGUUUCUGAGAAAUUACCUUCUAGCUCUGCUGCAGGUAAAAAAAGCAAUUGAUUUGAUGGAUGAGGAUGUUUUACAAUUUUACACGCGUCAAUGGGAAGAAUAUCAGUUCAGUAGCAAAGUACUCAAUGGUGUAUGUGCGUAUCUGAAUCGACACUGGGUACGACGUGAGUGUGAAGAAGGUAGAAAAAGAGUUUAUGAAAUAUACCAGUUGGCCCUUGUGACAUGGAGAGAUCAUUUAUUCAAACAUCUGAAUAAACAAGUAACAAAUGCAGUGUUGAAAUUGAUUGAACGAGAGAGAAAUGGUGAAACCAUUAAUACACGUCUGGUUAGUGGUGUGAUAAAUUGUUAUGUGGAAUUAGGUUUAAAUGAAGAAGAGCCAGGUAAAAAACAAAUGUUGACGGUGUACAAAGAAUCUUUUGAAAAUCAAUUCCUUGAAGACACGGAAAGAUUUUAUUCUCGUGAAAGUACAGAAUUUCUCCAUCACAACCCAGUGACAGAAUAUAUGAAAAAAGUGGAGGCAAGAUUACAAGAAGAACAGAGAAGAGUACAAGUAUACCUUCAUGACACAACAAAUGAAAGAUUGGCCAAAACUUGUGAAAAAGUUCUUAUUGAAAAACAUUUAGAUAUAUUCCAUUCCGAGUUUCAAAAUUUGUUAGAUUCUGAUAAAAAUCAAGACUUAGGUAGGAUGUAUCAACUUGUUGCAAGAAUACCAAAUGGCCUUGGUGAAUUGAGGAACUUGUUAGAAACCCACAUUGCUAAUCAAGGCCUGGAAGCUAUUGAAAAAUGCGGCGAACCAGCAGCUAAUGAUCCCAAGAUAUAUGUUAACACCAUAUUAGAAGUUCACAAAAAGUACAAUCAACUGGUGCAAGAAGCUUUCAGCAAUGAUAGCGGAUUUGUAGCAGCUCUAGAUAAAGCUUGUGGGCGAUUUAUCAAUACCAAUGCAAUUACAAAAGCAGCUAAUAGUAGUACUAAAUCUCCAGAACUUUUGGCCAAAUACUGUGACGUGUUGCUUAAAAAGAGCAGCAAAAAUCCAGAAGAUGCUGAACUGGAAGAGACUUUGAAUCAAGUUAUGGUAGUAUUUAAGUACAUUGAAGAUAAAGAUGUGUACCAAAAAUUCUACAGCAAGAUGCUUGCUAAAAGAUUGGUACAGCACAUGUCUGCCAGUGAUGAUGCAGAAGCAUCUAUGAUUUCAAAAUUAAAGCAAGCUUGCGGAUUUGAGUAUACUUCUAAACUUCAAAGAAUGUUCCAGGAUAUUGGAGUUUCUAAAGAUUUGAAUGAACAUUUCCGUAGACAUUUGACUAACUCAACUGAACCCUUAGACAUAGAUUUUAGUAUACAAGUUUUAUCAUCUGGCUCCUGGCCUUUCCAACAUUCGCUCACCUUUUCAUUGCCAACAGAGCUGGAACGCUCGGUUCAUAGAUUUACGAUGUUUUAUAGUAGCCAGCACAGCGGUAGAAAAUUGAACUGGCUUUAUAACAUGUCAAAGGGAGAAUUACACACAAAUUGCUUUAAAAAUCGGUACACUCUUCAAGCAUCCACUUUUCAAAUGGCUGUUUUAUUGCAAUAUAACACUGCAACCUCUUGGACCAUGGGUCAACUCAUGGAAUCUACGCAGAUCAAAGAAGAUUAUUUAAUUCAAGUUAUUCAAAUUCUAUUGAAGGCUAAACUUCUUGUAACAAAAGAUGAUGAGACCAAAUUGAAUAGCAAUUCAGUAAUAGACCUGUUCACCAGUUAUAAAAAUAAAAAGCUGCGAGUCAACAUCAACAUACCUAUGAAAACAGAAAUGAAACUAGAACAAGAAACUACUCACAAACACAUUGAAGAAGAUAGGAAACUGCUGAUUCAAGCUGCUAUUGUAAGGAUCAUGAAAAUGCGUAAGACAUCAAAACAUCAACAACUAGUUGCAGAAGUAUUGAAUCAGUUAAAUUCGCGAUUCAAACCGAGAGUACACAUUAUUAAAAAAUGUAUAGAUAUUUUGAUUGAAAAAGAAUAUUUGGAACGUACGGAAGGUCAAAAAGAUACGUACAGCUAUUUAGCGUGAUCUCUUGAUUUGAAGCUGCGAUGCAAAUUUACAAGAGGCACAAAUACUGUACUCAAGAUUUUUCUACAAGCCUCGAAUUUACGUUUACAUCGCUAUUUAAAUUUGGAAAUGCGCCUUCUGGUCGUGUUAUCCUUCUGAACGCAUUUAGAACUGGUUUUUAUGUUAUAAUAAAUUAUUUGAUAGUCACGUCGUUAGGUGCGUUACAGUUUUUUCUUACAAGGCACAAACCGCGAUGUUUGAAUAAAUUUAUAGAGUUUCAUUCAAACUCACAACUGCAAUGUCACUGACUUGUGCUAAAUAAGGUAACACAUAAUUGAGGAGUGCAGCUCAAAACUACAAGGGAAUUAAUUUUAACUGUUUUAUUUAUAAGAAACUUUAAAAACUGAUAAAAACUCACAACUUCUCAGAAGAGAUUCUGUCAACUGUUUAGAAAUGAUAAUUACCUUGAUUAAAAAUGUCAGACUUCAACGAUCAAAAACAAACAAAAAAAACGUGUAAAAACGAGGCGAUCGACGUGACUCGAUGGCUAAAGCGUUGCUGAUGAUAAAGUUAAGAAAAAUUUUACAUCUGGAAUCACAAUAGCUUAUAUGGUUGUUACCGCACCAAUGAAUUAAGUAUGCCAAGAGACAACUGUCGAUUCCUAAUUAUUAUCAUGAUUAUUAUUAUCAUUUUAAUUUUUUUUUAUUCAUUUUUUUUCAAAACUUUAUCGUCCGUGUACGUCCGCCUUAAGGCUGUAAUUAAUGUAUAAAGUCUCAUUUGAAGCUUGAUUGUCUAUUCUUACAUUUAUAAUCCAAAACUUGUCUUAGAUAGUAAUUUAAUUAAUGACAUAAACUGUUGGAAAAUAAGUGAAUUAAAUUUUCAAAAAAA